CGCGAUCGGGAAAACCCGCUAUUAUUCAACAGAGGAAGUUCGACUACUGUACACAAUUCCAGUUCUUAGAUUCCCCACAACAAGUCUAGGCCUACUUAAGAUGCCUUCGAGAAUUCACGUCAAGUUUGUUACAGAGCGCAUGAAUUAUUUGGAAGAACAGAUACAAGUUCUGGAACCUGUUUUGGGAAAUAUGAAAAAUGUUGUUGCAAAAAGUAAGGCGUGGCUAGAAGAAAAAACUGACCAAUCAUCUGUCAGCUACAUCGAGCUAUCACAAGAACUGGACACAGCAGCCACGGCCUUGUUGGAUGUGACGUCACAUAUUUUAGACGAGGACAACAUGGAUGUCAACAAACCAACGCCAUCUUUACCACAGCCUGACACAAUAUUUCUAACAGUAGAAUCACCAAGACAACUCAAGACACAAGACAAACAUACAGCGGUUGAAGAACAUCCUGACCUAGAGCGUAGACUCGCCUAUAUUGAAACAACACUAUCGUCACUACAGGACACACAAUACAAGUCUACAGAUGACAUAUCAGAAAUAAAACAAUGGAGAGACAACUUUGUAACAGAACAGAGUGACAUGGGGGUAAAAAUUGAACAACUGACUAAAAAACAAAAGCAGAAUUUUAAAAACCUCAGAAAACAAAUGAGUGAACAAGAUAACAAAGUAAAGGAGCUGAACAAAGAAAUUGAAAGUUUAAAAGAAAAAGAAUCCAGGCCAAACAAAACACAAGAGAAACUGUCUCAAGAUAUGAAUGAAUAUGAAAACAAAAUGCGCAAAAUAAACAAAGAGAUGCAAGAUAUAAGAGACAGUAUGAAAGACAAUAUUAAAAGCAAUUCUGAUUUGAUUGUUUCUUUACAAGAUGAAAAUAAUAAAAUCUUCGACAAAACAUCAACCCAAUUUGAAAAGUUACAAUCAAAGCACAAUGUAAUGUAUAAACUCCUACAACAAAGAUUGAUGCCCAUUGACAAACUGAUUCAAAUCUUUAACCAGAACUUGGAAACUAGGGAAGAAAAUUUAAAUAAGCUGGGUGAACUUGAAAAUACUAUUUCAAAGUUGUCUAACGAUUUUCAUCUCAUAGAGUCACGUGUAUGUAACAGAUAUUAUGCUUGUCAUGUGGAUCUUGCUCAUUUCACAACUGCCAGUGUUGGAUCAAUUAUUUCAACAUUUGAUGAAGUACGUGAAUAUAACGGUCAACACUUUAAUCAAACAACAGGAAAAUUUGUAUCACCACAUGAUGGUUUAUAUCUCGUCUGUGUAGCUCUAAAUGAAUGGGACGAUGAACUGAUUAGAGUCGCUGUGGUGGCUGGAGACGUGUGGCGUAAGACUAUAGAAGUGAAAUGUGCCGACACUAGCGCUGCUGGGUCAGUGGUUGUUGACAUGAAGAAAGGGGAAGAACUUUACUUGAAAGUGUUUCGCGCAGGUCAAGACGCAACUUUAUCCUUUUACAUAUCAUUGAAUCAGUAA